AUGACUUCCCCUGGCGAGGAGAUUUGCGGAUCGCUAGCGACCCAAUGUCUUGUGUGGGACCGUCGAAUUGAAUGCGAUCGUGGCUGUCCUCCGCCUAUGCCCGGGUGCGUCAGGCUUGGGUUCGGUAACGCAGAUAAUGUAACCCUGCGGCUGUUUCUGGCAGUCGCCCUGCAGGCAGUGGAUCAGCUAAUGAAGAGUCAAGGCACGCUGUUCAGUCCUGAGCAGAUCCAUGUUGUACGUCACGACAUCCAUCCGAUGGUUAGAUUGGAUUUUUCUAACGCCGCUAGAUACGUUGACCGCAAGAAAGCUUCUGAUGAGGCGGCUCGAGUUAGCAUGGCCCAAGCAGUCUUGGUGAAGGUCGCAAAAAAUGGUCACUUGACUCCCUGUGACCCAAUAGGUCCGUUGAAGACUUUUAUGGCGAGCAUGAACGAGUUGUGGGAGGCACUGUUUAAGACGUACAAGGGGAUUGAGCCCUCUGGUGACUACAAGUCGUUUUAUUGGAAAGGCAUCUGUCGUCCGGUGCUUGGACUGGGCGAUGGACUGGUGGAGGCUGCGUCUGCAGAAAAGUCCCUAUGCCCGCGGUGCGAACCCGGUCCGGUGUUCAGCUUGCCGGUAUGGAGCAGUGUUAUGGAGCUGAGUCUGUCUGCAAAGAGUCCUGAUUUGAGGGACUUCGUUCCUGCCGACCAUCGCGUCCCGAUGUGCGAGUGGAUCGUGCUUGCUUCAGACGGCGGGGAAUACACGCCCUACGGCGAGUGGCCGCCUCGAGACUGUAAGGAUGGGAUAUGGCAAAAGGAGAUGUGCGCCAUGCGGGUGCGUGUGAAGGCCGAAGCCAGGAGGCAAGGCGUCCAAUGGUCUCGAUACCCGUGGCCCAGUACCUGGAAGCCCGAACAACUGGAUUCCCCUGUCACCCUGCGCACUUUUCAGGAAUGCAUCCAAUGGGACUUGGACGAGCGAGCCGCCUUCUGGCGUGUAGCCAACUUAGGCGACCUCCUCAAGUCCUACCGAUUGUCCAGCGAAGUCGUCACCCAACUUGAGAAAGACGCUCUCGAGCUUAUCGACACUGCCCAGAAUAUCGACCCCUGCAAGCACGGACGUGGCUGGUACAUUGGCAGCUACCCACAAGCCUACGUUGUGCUCGAACCCACGGACGGCGGCCGGACAUCCCGACUGUGCCUUGCCACCGGACCUGUCUGUCUCACCGCCCAAAACAAAGAGGAAGCUCGCCGCAGACACACAAAAUUCUGGGACCAAGUAAGGAACGAUGCAGGCUGCAAGACGUAA